GGACAGUGACAUGGGCGAUGUCAUUGAGAUAAAGAGAAGAUAUGAAAAUAUUUUUCCAAAACACUUUUUUAAAAGAGCUUGAAAAUCUACAAAAAUAUACAGUAUUAAUUAAUAAUAUGUAAAAUAUAAAACUGAUGAGGUUUUGAAUUCCUCCCUUGUCGCGCCUUCCUUAAAGACAACUGAAAUCUUUUUUGUAUUAAAUAAAUACAUGAAUUGCUUUAUACCAAAACUACUGCAAUGGCUCUGUUAUUUCUCGGAGAAGAUACCUGGCUUUUGGAGCACGAAUCGUGUGAAAAACUGCAGAGGGAGAUUAUGGAACAACUAACCGAACGACAACAAUAUCCACGAAACAGCGAUAAAUACGGACAAAUCUCCGCCACUAUUCGCUUUAGAUUAAAGCAAUUUAACAGCGAAGUACAGCAAUUAAAGUCAAAAUUAGAUACAUCAGUUUCAUCAAUAACUCCAGCAGAAUCAGAAAGACGAAGCAGACAAAUUGAGGUGUUACAAACAAAAUCAGUCCAUAUGAAGAAGAUCUUUGAUGAUCAGGUGUCGAUGAAAGCUAUGCAAGAAAGGAGAAAUCUGUUGAGUGAUACAGAUUCGGAAUGGGCUUCCGCUUCAGCAGGCACAUCAGAGAAUCUAUCAGUCGAUGAGUUAAAAGCUAGACAGCAACGGAUGUUAGGAGAACAAGAUACGGGCCUGGAGAAUUUGUCGAAGAUUAUAUCCAGACAAAAAGAUAUAGCAGCUGCUAUAUCAAACGAGGUGGAUUUUCAUAACGAAAUAAUUGAGGAUAUCGGCACACAGAUCGACCGAACCGAUACCAGAGUUAGGACCGAAACUUCGCACGUUGGUCUGAUAGAUCGAAAGGAUAACACUUGCGGAUACUGGAUCGUUAUAAUCAUUCUUUUUAUUAGUAUAAUAGUCGUUGUAAGUUUAAAGUAAAAUUGUUAUAGAAAAAGAUAUUUUUACAAAUAAAACACAUAUUUUUAAA